UGAGUCACUUCAGUCAGUGUGAGAGCUCGGUGUAGUAAAGUAUCGCCUUUUAUUUUAUUGUAAUAGCUUUAGCAGUGAAUGCUGCUUAGCUAAAUCUUGAUUUAUAAACGUUUGACGCAGUGUAAAUAGAAUCAUUUUAUAGAAACGUUUGCUGAAAACCCGGAGUUCAUCAAUUCAAGAUGGAGGCUCUCUCAAACGCUCUGCAGCCCUACAAGGAGAUCGUGGGCACAGUCGCCGCCAUUGUCACCAUGGGGCAGAUGUUCUCCGGAGUUUUCAUGUGCUGGGACAUCUAUAAACAGAAGGACACUAAGAGCGUGCCGCUUAUGGCCUUCUCUGGAGGUCUGGUCAUGGGAGUACUGAACUUGCAAUAUGGCUUCAUCCUGCGCGACGACACAAUGAUCCGAGUCAACUUCUUCGGUAUCGCGCUCAGCAUCGUCUACUUGUCUGUCUACUUCUGUUACACGAAAAAGAAGGUCCAAGCGUGGUUCCAUAUGGGUGUAUGGGGCGCGUUCACAGCGGCAGUAAUCAGCUACGUUCAAAUGGCAGACCCUGCCGUUGUUGAGAAUCAUCUCGGGACGUUACUGACGGCUUUCAUGUUCUACCUGAUUGCGUCACCACUCUUCGGACUGAAAGAAAUCAUCGCCAAGCAGAGCACCGAGGGUCUACCUUUCCCCAUGAUCAUCUCCGGUACCGUCGUCACCUUCAUGUGGCUGCUGUACGGCAUCAUCCUCAAAAAUGGCUUCCUCGUCCUCCAAAACUCAGUGGCGUUCGUGCUAUGCUCUGCACAACUGUCCCUCUUCGUGAUUUACCCGAGCAAGCCCAAACAAGCCACCAAGGCGAAAGCGAAGAAAGCAGACUAAACUAGCCAAUUGUACUAGGUUUAUAUUAGGUUAAGCGAAAGCACAUUUUAUGGUAAUAGCUAAGUAGAAAAUGCAACAAACAGUGAGAAUAAAUGUGAGCGUUUAGUAAAGCGUCCCACUUUGUCGCUAUAAAGACGAGAUUUGCUUUUAUCUGUAUUUGAAUAAACUGACAUAGCGGCUUUAUAGCAAUCGACAAAGUGGGUCAUUUUACUAAACUCACUCACAAUAAGAAUAUGUCAUGCAUUUAAUGCAUUUCAAUUUUAACAUACAACAAAUUUGAACAUUACAAAAUCAUUUUUAUUUUUGGAAGAAUAUUUUUCCGUAAAUUAAUUUAUCUCAUUGUAAUUAAGUAUGUACAUAAAAUCAUUACAUUUAAUACAAUAAAUCAAUAUUUUAAUAUGAAUGUAUAAGUCAAUUUUAAUGUAAUACAUUGUUGUGUUCAUAGGGAACUAUGACUGUAUAAUUUUAACAUGCAAUAUGACUUCAUUUUCCAGCAUUUUAUAAUAUUUUUUUCCUCGAGUUAUUUCACAAGCAGUUAAUGGCCGCAUUUGCGGGCUCGCUUCCCUCCUUGAGGCCACCACUCAUACGCGAUACUGGCGCUUUUAGUAGGAAGGGUAUGUCUGAAUUGUCUGAUCCACUUCCAGGACUAUAAUUAUUAUAUUAUUUUUCGAGACGUCACGUACCUUAUGUUUUCGAAUGACAUUUACGAGUACACUUGGGGCUCAGGACUACAAUUAUUUUGUGUUCAAUUGUUAUUAGUUCUUCCUUUCCUAAAAGUGUUGUUGUAUAAUAGUAAGCAAAGAUUUCUCUAUAAGAAUAUAUUUUCAGAGAGCUAUUAGGUGGUAUGGUUGUGAAUGAAACAUCCUCUUGUAACAGAAUAGGCGUAAUAGAAAGACUUCUUUGAAAUGGUUAUAUUUACAUUGUUAAGUGAAAAAAAAUCAUGACAUUACUUAGACGGUAUGAUAUGACUGUCUAGUUUCAGCAUGCUAAAUUUAACCAUAUUUAAUGUUGCCUUCACUACAUAGUAAGUAGCUCAUAAGCAUACAUUCCGUUAUGUAUUUUGUAAGAAGAAAUGAGAACGUUAAAUUUAACAUCGUGUUUUUCAUAGUGGUGUAUUUACAUUGUACCUUAAUGUU